CCCACCAAUGUGCUGAGGCAUCCUCUCUUCUAUCUAAAACCUCCGCAGUCAAACACGAGCCAAUCCUACUGCACGUAGUGCGGCAUCCUGACAUCAGAACAGCUGUUUGCCUCCCUCACAGAACGACGAGCGCAACGAGAAGACAAACUCGCCAACAUGUUUGGACCUUCGCGCGGCCGCCCGACGCAACAACUGCGCAUUUCGGAAAAGUAUGCUUCGGUCGGAAAAAUUGGUGAAGGUACAUACGGUUUGGUAUACAAGGCGCGCCAUGUGCAGUCGUCUCCGGGCAGUGCUGUCGGAGACCCGAGCAGCAGAGCAGAAUCGUUUGUUGCAGUGAAAAGGUUCAAGAGCUUCAAAAGUGGCGAUGGCAUUUCUCCAACAGCGAUCCGAGAAAUCAAACUCCUGCGCGAGCUGAAAAAUCGCUACAUCGUCGACUUGGUCGAUGUCAUGCUAGACGAAGCGGACAAGGCUUUGUACCUUGUUUUCGACUACGCUGAGCACGACCUUCUCGAAAUGAUCCGAUGGCACCACAACCGCGCUUCACAGCCCAUGCAGAUGCCUACCGUCAAGAGUUUGUUGUGGCAAAUUUUGCAUGGCAUGAACUACCUUCAUAAGAAUUGGAUUAUUCAUCGUGACUUGAAACCUUCCAAUAUCCUUGUAACCGGUCAGGAUAAGCCACCGAAUGAGCGCGGAUGCGUGAAAAUCGCGGAUUUCGGACUCGCUCGCUUGUUCCAAGCUCCGCUGCGCCCAUUGACCGACGUCGAUGCUGUAGUCGUUACUAUCUGGUAUCGAGCCCCAGAGCUAUUAUUGGGCGCAAAGCAUUACACGAAAGCAAUAGACUUAUGGGCGAUUGGGUGUAUUUUCGCCGAACUCAUUACCUCCAAACCACUCUUCCAAGGACAAGAAAAAGAACGCAAAGGUGAUGACAGAAACCCAUUCCAAGCUGACCAAAUAGACAAAAUAUUCAGAAUUCUCGGCAAGCCAACUCUAGAACAAUGGCCUGGAGCAGCCGAUUUACCGAACUGGACUCAUGCCCAGUCCUGGCAAGCCUAUCCGUGUGUUCUUCAUGAACGAAUUCGAGGCUUACCCAAGAAUUCAGCAGGCUACGAUCUUCUUUCGAAGCUGCUUGAGUACGACCCCAACAAGCGCAUCACUGCGGAAAAUGCACUGCGUCAUCCUUUCUUCCAGGAGGAACCCCGACCGCAACGAGUGGCCUUCAUAGAUCCAAAUGUUGACCCAUACAAGUCUCGUCCGGUGACUCCACUAGACCCGAAGAAGGACAUCGGCUGGGCCAUGAGUGCCACAGCCUCAGGAUCAAAUGGGCAAACCCCAAUGACGAGGUCUAUUCCCCAGUCUGCUGCACCGUCACUGACUUCUGCACCACCUCCUUCCAAAAGAGCAAAAAAAGUGGCGAGUUGA